AUGGAUCUUAUUCAACUCAAGUGUGUUGUAGUUGGUGAUGGUGCUGUUGGUAAGACAUGUAUGCUUAUUUCCUACGCAGAGGACAAGUUUUCUGAUAAAUAUACACCAACGGUUUUUGAAAAUUAUUCGGCAAAUGUUAGAUAUAAGGAAAAGACUAUAAAUUUAACCUUGUGGGAUACUGCAGGACAAGAAGAUUAUGAUAAAUUACGUCCAUUGAGUUAUCCUGAUACAAAUGUUUUUAUAAUAGCCUUCUCUGUAGUUAGUAGAACAUCAUAUGAAAAUGCUUCUGGCAAGUGGUAUCCAGAAAUUUCUUUACAUGCUCCUCUUGCUCCAGUAGUAUUAGUUGGCACCAAAAUAGAUCUUAGAGACGAUAUGAAGGAAAUUGAAAAACUUAAAAGAGAAGGAACAGAACCAAUAACCCGAAAAGAAGGAGAAGAAUUAGCAAAGAAAAUUAACGCUUUUGAAUUUUGUGAAUGUAGUGCUCGAAACAAAUCAGGAUUGAAGGAAGUUUUCACUACAGUUAUAGAAGCUCAUGUAAAUCCAAAAAAGAAGAUUGAUCCAAAACCAAAACCUUGCCUUGUUUUGUAG